CCAAAAAGAAACCGCAGAAACUCACCACCAUCACUACCAGCAGCAGCAACCCAUUAUUCGCAGAGACUAUCCACCUUUUAUCUUCCACAUCGGCCUGAAUAACAAAAAAAGAAGAGACGGCGUUUCAAUAGUGCCGCAAUGCGCUAUCGCUUUAUAGUUUUCCGGGCACAGCCCAGUAAAGAAACUAUCGCGUUUUCUAUUUAUCUCGAAGAAAUUGCCUCGCGACGCGCCAGUGCGAAUGCAGUAGCCACGCCCAUCACAUCGCCCACGGACGAGUACAACCAACUGGGCCAAUCCAUAUCAACAGUACCAGUGCUUUCAAGCAGCAGCGGUGGCAGCAGGGGCACACUGACGGGUCCCACCCGGCUAUCCCGAACCGUAGAGCGGUCCUGGGACCAAUGCGAAUGGUUGCACAAAAAGAUUACAACCAGCUUUAGGCUGCAGGCGCUCCCUCUAUUUCCAGAGCAGCCUAUUGCCAAAAAAAUCAACGACACGUUAUACAUCGAGCGCCACCGCGCGCGAAUGGAGCGCUGGCUGAACCGCUUGGGUUCGCGAGAGGAUUUGUGUCAGAGCGAGUCCAUGGACUAUUUUAUUUCGACAAGGAUGAGCGAAAAGGAUAUUGGCGGCAGCGGCAAGCAGUCAUUUUCGUCCAUGAUGCUGAAUCUGUUUGGAGGGCCGCUAGAGCAGGAGUUCAGGGUGUACACGCCGAUUGGCGAGAUCGACGACUAUGACGAGGACGAGGAGGAACGGCGACGCGAGUACCUCCGCCGCACGGAGGAGUGUGCCCGGGAGCUGGCUAGCUCGAUUAAGAACAUGCACGUCCACGAGGAGGUCCUUGGAAAGAGCAUUGUCAAGGCAACGCUGGCGAUCGGAAAGGCAUUCCAGGCGGAAUCCUUAUCUUUCGCACCGCUCGAGCCGUCUGCCCAAGAUGCGUAUAUUGUGAGCAGCGGUGAACCUCCGGAAAUAGAGCGCGAAAGGCUGCAGGUCUCGCUGGCGCUCUUGCAGAACUCAGCCGAGGCGCAUUACUGGAGUACCAAGGAGCUGGCCAUAUGGAAGGAAUUCAACUUUGUCGACACCAUGACCGAGUAUUGCACCAUGGUCGGCGGCGUCAAGGAGGUAAUGAACCACUCGACUCAGAUGCUGGUGAUGUACGAGAAGGCCAUGCAGAGCCACCAGGGGUAUGUUGCAAAGGCGAACAACCUGCGCGUACAGUACCCGAGUGACACGCCCUCGGUUAAGUACGCGAACGAGCAAGAGGUAGAGUCAGAGCGCGAGAAGGAAAUGGCCCACCAGGAGUACACGGACGCCUGCGACAUGGCCAACAAGGAACUCAUCCGCUACGAGCGCGAGAGGGCCACUGACAUAUGCAAGGCGUUGGAAAACACUGCCAAGCUGGAGCUCGACUCGGCGCGCGCACGAUGCCAAGAGCUCAGGGCGCUGUGCCGGCGGAUAAAGAGCGUACAGAUGGUCAAGGAUCCGCCUCACUCACGCACGAACAUCGGGCCCAUGCUGUGGCAUGCUGCUGGAUCAAACCACCCAUCGAUGCUCACACCGAGGAUUUCGUCGUCGUCCUUUCCGCGCACUGCGCCGGUAACAGCUCGCUGACAUUCAACGACCGGAUGAUCAUGAGUAGACCCGCGGCAGAAAGAUACACGCACCGACACAGCAGCUCCAGCUCCAGCUUCAACAGCGCGGUAGUGGAGCAGCAGCAACACCAAGACUGG